AUUGCAAAGAGUUCUUGACUGUAUACAAAAUUUUUGUAGAUUAUGUAAGUUAAAAUAAAGAAAUAAAUGAAUCAUGAACUGAAAGUUCAUCAUUUAAAUAAAAAAGUUUCUUACGGAAUCGAUGUUAGUGAACGCAAUUUUUGUCCUUAAUUUUUAUUACCGUUGAUUGUCAAAUCUAGUACGUCAAAACAUGAGCAAACUUUUAACCAUUACUUUUACUUAAAAUAAAGAUCUAAAAUGAUCCGCAAAAGUAAAUGAAAGUCAUUUGUAGUUAUAUAUAAAAUAUUUAUAAAUAAGUAAAUAUUUACAAAGAGGCUUGUUAAGAAAUUCACCGAACAGACACUAAAUAGAAAAUAGGUUUGUUAAGAAAUUCGCAGGUUUGUCAAUCCUUGUAAAACCUCAAACAUCAGUUCUUUAAAAAGUUAAUACAAAAACAUGAAAAAUGUUAGGAAUUCAAGCCCCUAGAAGAGUACGUUUUAAUAUAGCUGGUACAAUAUACGAAACGUUUUUAGAAACCUUAGAGAGGUUUCCAUCGACACUUUUAGGAGAUUCAUUACGAAGGGUUGACUUUUUUGACUCAAACACAAACACGUACUAUAUAAAUCAUUCUGCUAUUGCGUUCGAUGCUAUUUUAUUUUAUUAUCAAUCAAAUGGUCGCCUCAUUCGUCCACCUCACGUGCCAAUGGAAAUAUUCGAGGAAGAGUGUGUUUUUUACGACCUAGGAACAAAAGCAAUUGGAAAUAUGAAAGCAAAGGAAGGAUAUGAGUUUGAUGAUACCGAAACUACAUUAACAGAUUUUCGAAAGUUAACUAAAUUUCAAAAGCUAUGGCAGUUUUUUGAGGAACCUACAUCUUCUUUAGCGGCUCAAAUUUACCUACUCAUAACGCUAAUAAUAACCACGACUACUGUAAUGAUAGACUGUUUUGUUACUCUAGCAGUAUACGGACAUUCUGACACGUUUAGGGUUUUAGACUACGUAAGUAAUUACACUAAUUUUAUAUUUUUAGCAGAAUUUUUUGCAAGACUAAUAAGUACUCCGUCAAAGCCGAAAUUUUUUAAAUCAACUCGAAAUAUUGUCGAUAUUCUCGCAAUACUACCGUUAAUUACGUUUAUAGCAAUUACAGAUGAACGUUUACAAAACGUUCUUUUCCAUAAAGUUUUUCGAUUGUUUCGAGUUCUACGAUUAACGCUCUGGGCAAGAUAUUUUCGCUCGCUCAAAAUGGUGUUGGAGAUUUUGUCAAAUUGCGUUAGUGAUAUACUAAUGUUAAUACUAUUUAUUGCAAUAGCAUCAACUUUGCUAGGAACUAUCACGUAUUAUGCAGAGCUGGAAGACAAAAACAGCCCUGUAUCUAGUGUUCCAGACGGGAUGUGGCUCGCUGUACAAACAAUUGUUACUUUAGGGUAUGGGGAUAUCAUUCCUGUAACAGUAAUAGGGAAACUAUUCACUGCAUUAACAGCAGCUGUUGGAGCCUUAACAGUGAUUCUUCCACUUUUAUCUUUGGAAGAGAAGUAUAUUGAUAUUUAUACAAAGAUGUUUCGGAUUAAAGCUAUUCACUUGGAUCCUUUGAAGCCCUUUAAAAAAAGCUUAAAGAGAAUGUCAGACAGAAAAUAA